UAUUUGUAUUAAUUUUGACAUGAUGACUGAUUGGAGCAUCACUUAACCAGAUUCCCAUGGAAAAUAUUGAGAUUUUAAUCAGGCAGGAAACUGAACAGCUAUUGAAAAGUGUGAGAGGACAUGAGAGGGCAGACUGUAGAAGAGGUGGCAGUGGAGUAAGAGGACAGCCUGUGAAACGCUGGUUAUGUCUGGGUUAAUGUUUAGCCUCAGGACGGGCAGCUCACGGCCCGGCAACCGUCUGUUCAGACUGAGCAGUCUGUGGCUGCCUCCGCUCUCCAAGAACAACUCGUCGAAAAUGUCGUCAGAUUCCCACUGGCUCUCCCCUGCAGACCGGGAACAACUAGUGACGGAGCUCAGGGCCACAGGCUGGGUGGAGGUGGAAAACCGCAAUGCCAUCUUCAAAGAGCUUCACUUUAAAACCUUCAACCAGGCAUUUGGCUUCAUGUCACGGGUGGCUCUGCAGGCAGAGAAGAUGAACCAUCACCCAGAAUGGUUCAAUGUUUAUAAUAAGGUCCAGAUUACAUUGACCACACACGACUGUGGAGGACUGUCAAAACGGGACAUCAAAAUGGCCAAGUUUAUCGACAAAAUUGCUCUAUCGAUGUAAAGUUUCAGUUGUUUUUUUCCUGCUUUCAGUCACAAAAAAAUACAAUCAAAUUACAAAUCUGUGAAAGAUAUUUUAUUUUGAUGCUUGUAUUUUGUUUGCAGCAUAUUUUGUACAAACUUUCUCUAGCAAUAAAGCUUUCAUUUUAUAAAUCA